AUGGCACAGACAGCUGUAGCGAAUCAAUCGACAUUGCUUCCUCUCGAGCUGGUGGAUAAAUGUAUCGGAUCGCGGAUACACAUUAUCAUGAAGAACGAUAAGGAGAUUGUGGGAACUUUGCUCGGAUUCGAUGACUUUGUCAACAUGCUACUCGAGGACGUGACGGAGUACGAAAACACACCGGAAGGACGGCGGAUAACUAAACUGGACCAGAUCUUGCUGAACGGUAACAACAUCACGAUGCUUGUACCCGGUUCCAGCGGUGACCUUCCAGAUGCAUCCUAA